AUGGCGGUGGCGAUGCUGCAGGACUGGUGCAGGUGGAUGGGCGUCAGCGCCCGCAGGGGCCUGCUCAUCCUGGGCAUCCCCGAGGACUGUGACGAAGGCGAAUUCCAGGAGUCCCUGGAGGCCGCACUGUGGCCCGUGGGCCACUUCACGGUGCUGGGCAAAGUGUUCCGAGAGGAGGAUAAUGCCACCGCGGCCCUGCUGGAGCUGGACCGGGAAGUCAACUGUGCUUUGGUCCCCAGGGAAAUCCCGGGCACCGGCGGCCCCUGGAACGUGGUCUUCGUGCCCGGUUGUGCAGGCGAGGAGGAGUUUCUGGGCCACGUGUUCCACUACCUGGAGCAACAGGGGGAGGUGGUGGAAAGCGACGCAGGGGCCCUGGAGCUGGAGCUGCACACGGACUGCUGGCUCCACUCGGUCAGCCAGGCCGUCCAGCCCUGGGUGGAAAUGGUGAGGUACCAGCGCCUGGGCGUGUUUUCUGGGAGGGAGCACCCAGACCCCGGGGAGGAGUCCUUUGAGGCCUGGCUAGACCACACCACCGACAUGCUACGUGCGUGGCAGGGGGUCUCGGAAAGGGAGAGGAGGAGGAGGCUAAUGGAAGGCUUGCGGGGCACUGCCCUGCAGCUGGUACAUGGCCUCCUGGCAGAGAACCCCGCCAGGACCGCCCAGGAGUGCCUGGCGGCCCUGAUCCAGGUGUUCGGAGACAAUGGCUCCCAGGCCACCAUCCGGGUGAAGUGUCUCUCUGCUCAGCAGCAGCCAGGAGAACCCCUGUCGGCCUUCGUGUUGCGGCUGGAAGUGCUGCUACAGAAAGCCAUCAAGAAGGGGGCCCUAGCCAGGGCCUCUGUGGACGAUGUGCGCCUGAGGCAGCUGCUCACUAGGGCCAACCUGACUGAGCCUCUGGAUGAAGCCCUGAGGAAGCUGAGGAUGGUCGGCAGGCCUCCAACUUUCCUGGAGAUGCUGGGGCUCAUUCGGGAGUCCGAGGCAUGGGAAGCCAAUCUAGCCAGAAGCAUGGCGGUCCAGGCAGAGGACGAGGCCCCUGCCCAGCCUGGUGCCCAGGCGUGUGACGCCCUGGCUCAUGCCAGGGCUGCUGCUAAGGCAGCGCUUGAGAAGGUGGACGAGGAGGGAGAGGAUAUGGGCAUUGUUUUUGGAGAAGCCCCAGGAGGGCCUGGCUGGCGGCCAGACAACUCCACCUGGGCAGGAGAGCGGGAGGCCGAGGAGCCCUCUGAGGCACCUGCUGAGGGACUCAAGGACGCCUUGGAGGAGCCCGUGAAUGAGGAUGAGGCAGGGGAGUGUCAUGAGCUCAACCUCUGCUUCCUCGGUGUAGAUCUAGCCGGCUGCCUGCUGCCGGUUCUCGUGGACCUGUGUGCACGCGUGUGGGUUAUGUUCUUCUCUGAGCAGUUCCUCCCCAGUGGCCCUGAGCCCAUCCCCGGGAGCCAUCAGAAAGGACGGACGAUGCGAAGGAAUGCUCGCCUCUGUACAAUGGCCUCUGGCAAUGCCCACUCAGUUCAGGACAUCCUUCUGAAGAUUGGCACAGGAUAG